AUGCUGCUAGAAGGGGAUGUUGUACUACCAGAAGGAGAUGUUGUAGAGGCAGCACUAGAGCUGCAGGGCGAAGGGAUACUAGCGCCAGCGGAAAAAACGCUUGUGGGUGACGGUGCUUCCGAAGAUACUGGAGAUGCGGUUGAGCAGGGGACCUUCAUCAUCCCUCCGCUAGACGAAGAACUAGUUGUGGGUGGAAGGGCUACUGUUGAGCUUGUCAGCGAUGAGACCACACCACCUCGAGACGUUACGGUAGAGCUACCAGUAGAUGAAGUAGAGACACUCGAUGUACUCGUCGACGCGCUCAUUAGGGAUGAUGAGAGCGGGUUUCCGGCCAUCGUUGAUAGUGACGAGGAGCUUGAUAUCACAGCGGCUGAGCUUGGGCUACUAGAAAAAGUGGAAGAUAUAGUUGAAAUUACAGAAGAUGCAGUCGUGGAGACACCAAGUGCCGGUGAGCCUCCUGACCCGCUGAGGGAAGACGAUAUUGACGGGGUAGUGACUGACGCAGAAGCCGAGGUUGGUGAGUCCCUUCUUGGCGAUGGCAAUGCCACCGAAGUUGAGCUUGGAGCCAUGAGCGAAGAUAGUGAAGGCGAGGACGGCAACGAGGCUGAUGGCAAGCUGGGAGCUACAGGCGAGGACGUCGGAGCAAGCGACGAUGAACUAGAGCUGAAUGCUCUCCUUGCCGCACAAGCCCCAGUUGACGACGACCCUGCUGGGUUCGAAGAUGGCACACUGGCAGAGACAGAGCCACUGCUGCUGAUGCUCGCGGAUGGAGAUGGUGGGAAAUUACUUGAGGAGUUCCCAGGUGCGAGUGAUGUGAGAGUUGACGACGACCCUGCUGGAUUUGAAGAUGGCAGAGCCGUAGAGAUGGAAACGCUGCUGCUGAUGCUCGCUGAUGGUGAAGUUAGGCCACUGGGUCCUCUGGUUGAGUCGGUCCCGGGCAGUGAAGCUGGCGAGUUGCUUGGAGAAGUUGAGCCUCCAGGUCCACUUGAUAGACUACUUGCUGAUAGUGAAGCUGCAGAUGUACUAGGAGAACUCUCUGGUGGCGAACUUGGUGAGUUGCUUGGUGAGCUGCUUGGAGAAGUUGGGCCACCGGGUCCGCCAGAUGAACUGCUUGGUAGAAGCGAAGCUGCCGAGUUGCUCGGAGAAGUGGGCCCACUGGAUGCGCCUGAAGAGCUGCUUGCUGGCGUUGAAGCCGGUGGAUUACUUGGAGAAACCGGACCACCGGGUUCGCUAGAUGAACUGCUUGGUAGAGGUGAAGCUGCCGAGUUGCUCGGAAAAGUGGGCCCAUUGGGUAUGCUUGAAGGGCUGCUUGCUGGUGGCGAAGUUGGCGAGUUGUUUGGAGAAACUAGGCCACCGGGCCCACUGGAUGAACUGCUCGUUGGCGGGAAAGCUGACGAAGCACUUGGAGAAUCUGCUAGUGGCGAUGUUGGCGAGCUACUUGGAGGAGUUGAGCCACCGGAUAGGCUAGGCGGAUUGCUUGCUGGUGGUGGAGCUGGCGAAGCUGGCGUGUUGCUUGGAAAGGCUGGGCCACCGGGUCCGCUUAAUGGACUCCUGCCUGCCGGCGAAGCUGAUGAAGUGUUUGACAAAUUCGCUGGUGGUGAUGUGGGUAGGCUGCUUAGAGAAGUGGAACUACCGGGCCCGCUAGACGAACUGCUUCCUGAGAGCGAAGCUGACGGGUUGUUUGGAGAAGUUGGCCCUCCAGGUCGGUUAAAUGAACCGCUUGGUGGAGGCGAAGCUAGCGAACUGCUUGAAGAUACUGGGCCUCCAGGUACGCUGGUAGGACUGCUCGAAAUGGUGGAUGGUGUAUUCCCUGGCAAACUAACAGCACUUGAACUACUCGAGGUUGGUGACACAGACAGCGCGCUAGAAGACAUGGUCCCUGAUACGGUCGUUAUUGUUGUCGUGAUUACCAUUGGAAGGCUUGUGGCGCUUGCUGUGGUUGGUAUUGAGCUUGAUGAAGGCUCUCCAACCUUUGUGAAGAACGCUGCCGGCCUCUGA